CCAAGUUGAUACGUCAUGUUAUCCGAUGGCGAUGUCCUCUAGAUCACCGUCUGGGUAGGGACGACGAGUCAUCGUCCGCUCUACAUCAGCGGCCUCAUCUCUAAUCUCUCGUGGCUGCUGUCACGCUCGUACGGUUACUCGCAACACAGCAGAGAUCUCGAGACAUUGGACCGUUUUGUGGUUCGUUUUUUUUUCUUCAAGAGACUCUUCGGACCCUCACCAACAUGUCGCGAUCCCCGAGUAGCUCAGACUACCCUCAAUGUUCCUAUGGCUCCACAAGUCUCCCCAGCGGCUCGUUCUGGGGAAAGCAAACCGCCGGUGUUAGGACGACCACGCUCGCAUUCCAGCUGCACAUGCUCAAGACGACGGGGCGGUACGACGCGUUCAAGCUCAAGUGGCAUCCGAGCUACGACGAUCCGCCGACGCACUGGCCAGUUCCAAACCAUCUCUUCUGGGAUUCGGACGUUGCGAAGUGGAUCGAGGGGGCGGUGUAUUCGUUGGCCGUGAGUGAAGAUGCGGCGGUGGAAAACGCCGUGGAGGAACUCGUGGACAUGAUCCGUGGAGCCCAGCAGGAGGAUGGUUAUCUGAAUAUCCACUUUACCGUGGUGGCGCCCGAACAGCGCUGGACAAACGUCAGGGAUCUGCACGAGAUGUAUAACGCGGGACAUCUGAUCGAGGCGGCAAUCGCGCACCACAACCAUUUCGGGAACCGUCGUCUUCUAGAUCCGAUCGUCAAGUACGUGGACCAUAUAGACCGCAAGUUCGGACCCGAAGACGGAAAGCUCCACGGAUAUCCCGGCCAUCCCGAGAUCGAGCUGGCAUUGCUGAGGCUGUAUGGCAUCACUCGCGACGAGAAACAUCUGCGGCUUGCCAAAUAUUUCCUCAUCGAGCGCGGAAACCUUACGGGCCAGGAUGGUAAGCACUUCUACGACUGGGAGAUGAAGCAGCGCGGGGACAGAGAGAACGAGGUCCCUCGGUACUACCCAGAGAAGGGAAGUUACUGGUAUCAGCAGGCGCUCACGCCCAUCACCCAACAGCAAACGAUCGAGGGCCACUCGGUGAGAGCGAUGUACCUCUACACCGCCGUCGCGGAUCUCGUACGGCUGGAUUCUACCCUGUCGGAGGAGUACCAGGUGGCACUGAAAAGGCUCUGGCGCAACAUGGUGGAGCAGAAGAUGUACGAAACUGGUGGCAUCGGCGCAGUGAAGCAAUGGGAGGGCUUCGGGAUCGAUUACCUCCUUCCACAGGCAACGGACGAGGGAGGUUGUUACGCCGAGACGUGCGCUAGCAUUGGAAUCAUGAUGAUGGCGGAGAGGAUGCUAGCAAUCGACCCCGACGGUGACUACGCGGACGCCAUGGAGCUAGCCCUCUACAAUACGAUUCUGGGCAGUAAAUCACUCGACGGCAAAGCCUUCACGUACGUCAACCAACUAGCAUCGUGUCCCAACGACCCCUCAAAACGCGACGAAUGGUUCGAAUGUGCAUGCUGCCCACCAAAUGUCACUCGGCUAUUCGCCACACUAGGCGGCUACAUAUGGUCGUGGCGCGAACAAUCCCCCGACAGGAUCGAGGUCACCGUGCACCUGCACACAGCCGCGACUCUGCGUAUCCCCACCAGCCACGGCGAGGUGGUAUUGGAGCAGAUCACGAACUACCCGUGGGACGGCAAGGUUUCGUACCGCGUCACAGCACCGACCGAGGUCACUGUCGUUAUCAAGUCGCGGAUCCCGAAGUGGACGACGAUCCCGGAGAAGCAGCCGUACCCGGUGGUGGGAAGGAAGUAUAUCCUCGAGGGCGCAUCGGAGUUCGAGGUGAACUUCGAUCUCACCCCAAGGUUUGUGCGUCCGCAUCCGUUCACUGGCAGGGAUACGAUCGCGGUCGCGAGAGGGCCCGUCGUCUAUUGCGUCGAGGAUGCGGAUCAUUCGUGGGUCGACGAUCAUUUCAAGACUACGUACCUCGAUCCGGUGGUCUCGCUCGUAGAAGAGAACCACACCGACGCCAGUACAGGCGAGGCGUUUGUGCGGAUAAAGAGUCCUGGCGGGGGUGCGUUGUUGGAUGUGGACGGUACCAUGCAACGGACAAAAGACACCUUCAAGGAGCGGAAGGAUCUGGUAUUUGUGCCAUUCUACUUUCGGGGGAACAGAGGAGGCAAGGGCAUGUUGAGAGUAGGCCUCAGAAGGUUGGCGGAGUGAAUCAGGGUGGGUCCGUUUGAUGUAUGUACGGAUAAGCUGUUUCUCCGUAGAAACCAAGAUUCAGUCUUCCUUCCGUCUUCGGCGAUGGGACUCAGCGUCUGGGCAGUGGGGGUUGUGUUUUGUGAACGAGCAGUCGUUCCACCGAACGGAUGUACAUGCAUAUCCGCUGGAGCCCCGAAUAUGUAUCAACCAUGUCCCCGGCGGGAGAGCACGAGACGUAUGCCGACAUCCGAGACCACGCGCAUAUCUAGAGAC